UAGACUCAACGGUUCUACUUGCAAUAACCCUCCGCCUUUCCACUCUUUCUAAAAUUUUCUCCUCUGAACGACGCCGACUUCGGAAUCCGACGUUAUGGACGAACCACCACUGACUGCUGCAGCUGAGAGUGCGGGAAAGAGUGAGUUAGGGUUGAGUAACGGGCAGAGGGUUCACGUGGUGGGAAACCGGCGAAGGAUCGGAACUGUGAGGUACAUCGGGCCCGUGAAAGGCCACGCCGGCGAGUGGGUAGGCGUCGAAUGGGACGACGGCGAAGGGAAGCACGAUGGCCAAGUUGACGGAGUGAGGUAUUUCACGGCGAACAACGAGCAGUCGGCGUCGUUUGUUCGCUUGAAAAACCUGAGCCGCGGGAUCUCUCUUUUAGAAGCGCUUUAUCAUCGCUACCGGGGUGAAUCCACCAAGGAAGAGGAAGAUGAAAUGUAUGUCUUUUCUUCAAGCAAAAGACGGGUGUCUAUACAACUUGUGGGUAAAAGUAAAGUUGAAGAGAAGUUAAAGAAUUUUGAAGAUUUGAAUGGUGCAUCGAUGCCUUAUUUUGGGGUUGGCUCAGUCAAUCCUUCUCAAGAAAUUAGUAAUGUUGUUUCAAAUCUAAAGGAGCUCGAUUUGAGAGGCAAUCUUCUUUCAAGGUGGCAAGAUAUUAAUUCUAUUUGUGAAGCUUUACCGUCACUAGAAAUUCUCAAUUUAACUAAUAAUCUCAUGGAAAUUGAUGUACCGGAACUUCCUUCACUCACAAAUAUUCGCGUUUUGGUACUCAAUAACUGUGGCAUUACUUGGAAACAGGUUGAAAUGCUCGGGCUGUAUCUUCAUGCUGUUGAAGAGCUCCACCUCAUGGGAAAUAAGAUAACACUGCUUUUACCCUCUGAACCAGACAUUACUAAUGUCACUGGGUUUAAGUCAUUACGCCUCUUAAAUCUUGAAAACAAUUGUAUUAGUUCAUGGCAGGAAGUUUUGAAGCUUUCCAAGUUAAGAAGCUUGGAACAGCUUCAUCUGAACAAGAACAAAUUGAGUCAGAUAUUCUACCCCACUUGUCGCUCUUUAUCUGGUUUGCAAGAUGGAUGCUAUGCACCAUUUGAAAAACUGGAAUGUCUUCUUUUGGGUUCUAAUGAGAUUAAUGACUUGGCAUCUGUAGAUUACCUAAACUCUUUUCCGAACUUGGUGAGCAAGGAAGGUAAGGAAAAGUUAUUCUUUUCUUAUUGAUUCUGGGUGAAAGAUAAAUGCUAAUAUGUAUAAACUAUUCUGCAAAAAGGAAGCUAGCCUACUCCAAAACAGGAAGAGUAUUUUUAAACUCUAUAACUUUUCAUAAUGUACUAUAUAGAAUUGAAUUUGACAUGAUUCCCUGUUAUGGUAUUUUAUUCACACCAAAUCAUCCUUGGCUUUUCAAUUGAGAUUUGUGGAAUCCUUCAAUGCGAGCAGAUGCUAUGUGGGGAUCUCCUGGACUUCUGUUUUGAGGCAGAUAAGAUUUCCAACAUUUCCUCUCUAGUUGGGUAAUAGAUGUCUUCUAUUUCCAACUUCAAAAUAUUAUCAUAAAACAUUGCACUAUUAAAUUCAUUGACAAAAGACAUCUACUAGUUGGAUUUUUGAUGAUGCAUACGGCAUGCAGAACAAACCUUAUUCUAGCUUUCUUGGAUGUUUAUUGCCAACUUACUGCCAAUGUAAUUUUAUAAGACCUUCCCACUUAAUUUUGUUCAUAAAGGAUAAUUUUCAGCUAUAAUUGUUUGCAAAUUCCUUGCAUCAUUACUUUGAAUUUUGAUUCAAUAUUGGAUACA